AUGGAGUCUAGGCUAGGGGUGGUGGCGGAAGAGAGGGUGAAGAAAGUGAGGGAGUGGAGAGAGAGAGAGAAAGCCAGAUGGGACGAUCUUGUCCAGCCGUCAGCACUGUUUGAGGCGGGGUUGGGACCGCAGCCGAAAGGUGGAGACCUCGACCGGGGGGGGUUGGAAGAGAGGAGAAGAGCACAGGAGAUGGAGGAUCGAGCCAUUAUGGCCAAGGCCGCGAAGUUGAUAGAGGCGCAGAGGGGCCGACCGGCUGAACCGCUCUCGCGGGAGAGGAUCCGACCGCGCCCUAGGCCUUUGGGGGAAAAAGACUUGGGUAGCUUUGAGCCGCUUCCGCCGCCUGUAGACCCUAUAAAGGAAAAGGCCAGAGGGGUUGUGACGGUCAUGAAGAAAAAGAAGGAGAAGAAGAAGAGGGGGGCUCCAGAGGAGGCUGCAGAGGAGUCUGGGGCCAAGAGGGCGAAGGUGGCCCCAACGGAUGCAGAGGAGUCUGCGGCAAAGGACGCCCCAGAGGAAGUGGAGAUCAUCCCAACGGUGGAGGUUGUGGAGGUGGGUCCACCAGUACAAGCGGAGGCUGGGGUGGGGGAGGCGGCGCCGAGCGGGAGGGAACAGGU